UAAAAGAAAACGAAAUAAAAAAUAAAGAUUUUCUUUUCUUGAAAAUGGAAAGAGUAAAAGAAAAGGAAAAUGAAGGAAUCAUUGGCCCUACUCGAAAACCCCAACAAAACCCUACAUUUGUCAUCGGCACACAAGAUCUAUACCCACACUGUUUCACAAUGGCCGCUGUCGCUGCUAGGUCGUGCCUUCGUUCCGCCACCACAUCCGCCCGAAGCGCCGCUUCUAGGUUCUCGGCUGGAGCCAAGCCCAAAGCCGCUAGCUCUCCUUUUCGCACCUCAUCUCAAAGCCCCAUCACCGCUCGUAUUUUCAGGUCACCAGUGGAGUUGAGAAGCGUUAGCGCAGUAUCGAUGCUACCGUACCACACUGCAACUGCCUCUGCAUUGCUCACUUCCAUGCUAUCUGUUGCUCCUCGCUGCCACGCUUGGACCCUCGAAGGGCGAGAGAGGACUAGAUGAAGAUCAUAAAAGGAGGGUUGUGAUUACUGCUCAUUGGCUGACUUUCGGAUUGAAGAUUUCCAAAUUCUCCCCCUUUUCCUUUAGAUGAAUUUUUUUUUUUGUAUUUUCUUUUAUAAGAGAUCAUAACUUGGACUUGGAAACGUGAUGAUGUUUGUUUGCUUCUUGUGUGACUUUUAGCCGUCAUUGGCUAAACUAGUUACUAUUUCAGCUACUUCCCUUAAGAAAAUUUUUUCCUUGUAUUGUAGAUGGAUGAUUAUUAGAAUGUGUUGAGAUGCGCGGUGCAUUUCGUCAUAGUUCCAUGGAUGUCAGUGGACAUGUAAUACUACUGCCAGAGACGUUAUUCUGCUUUAUAGCAAUAAAGUUCAAUUGUUAAGCGAUGUUUGGAUAACCAUCUUCUAGUAGGUUACUCAUUUUUUGUUUGGCUGACGUUUUUUCUUGUAUAGCUCUUUUAAGUGGUUAUAUCUUGAAGUUUGGUUUAUUUGGACUACGUAGGCUUUUAUAACUUCACAAUUGUUCAAGGCGGUAUGCGAAAUCAUGCUGGUUUUAUAAGUGGUGUUCAGGUCUGUAGUCUGGAUUCAUUCAUGGUUUGAGGUUAUUGACAUUUAUUAUGGAGGAUUUUGCAAAGAGAUAAGUCUAGAAUCUUGAUCAGUUU